CUCGCGCCGCCGCCCCGCCGUUGCUACAGACGCGGGCGGGCGGGCAGGCGGCAUGGCGGCGGGCGAUCCCCCCCCGCCGCCGCUGUCGUUCCGCACCUACGAGGAGUACCUGGGGUCCCAGGUGACGGCGCGGGACCUGCGGUAUCUGGAGAGCGAAGAGGUGGGGCGGCAGCUGGUGGAGCUGGGCUUCCGCGGCUCCGGGAACGUGCUGCGGCGGGAGGAGUUCGAGGCCCGGGCGGCAGCGGCCGCGGGGCUGACGGCGGCAGCCCCCCAGAAGUCACUAGCAAGUGUAGGAAAAGAACUGAAAGGUAACUUCUUGCAGGCUCUGGCAGAAAGAGAGGAAGCCAAUCGUACUGGAAAAAUUUAUUCCAUCAUCUUCAUUCGUGACCGAAAUUCUCAUCGCCAGGAGGUGUCUGCAUACAUCGACUAUGCCCACAGACUGACAACAGAUGAUUUUGAAGUCUACUUCAGUGGGAAGAAAAGACUUUUCCCUCGGAGCACUGAUCUGAGGCCUACCCAGGAGACAACACAACACGGAUACCUGUUGAAACAGAUCUCUACCUCCACGUUGUUAUCUAUGACCAUAUCGUCAGAAGAGGGACCUGAGGUCCAUCUGUGUGACUCUUCUCCCAGUGAUUUGUUUAGCUAUUUUAAAGUCAUCGGGAAGAAAAAUAAACAGUUGAGAGAUCUUUACCUUGUGUUCCGGGUUAGGAAGGGGGAUUUUCAUACCGGUUUAGAGUUGGUUUGUGCCUCGUUCCUUGACGGAAGUAAAGUGGAAGGAAGAUCCCGUACUGGCUGUAGAGUCUAUGUGUCUGGGCCCCUUGUUUGUCCAUUGUGAAGUCUCUGGGCUACGUGAAUUGCAAAAGCGCCUAAAGGGAAGUCGGAAGAUUUGGACCCAACUCUUCCCACUACUCCUAGGGCAGCAGGGCGGCUGGGACGGUAGUGCGGCAUUCUUUCCUGGAGUAAAGACGAGAAACAACUGUCCCAUAGUUCCCCAGCAACAGGAUGUUUUAAAUUCUUCCUGGGAGACUCUUUCGGGUAGGCCUGGACCUCUGUUGAGCAGCUAACACCAUGUAAUAUGAACCAAGCCAUUCAUAGGGUAGCAGGGAGAAGUUGUACCACAUAGACUGGUAAAUGUAAAGAAAUCUGCAGCGUUUUGACGGCAUUAGUGGUUCCUCGAAGGCCGCCUUUCAUCCGUUCCUGCUCUUGCUGCUGUUCUAGUACCAACUUGCCAGAAGUUCAGGCGGCAACGCGACGGCCCAAGGGGUUCUCUUCUAUUCCCGGCGCGCUUCGGGAAGUUGCCCGUACUUAACGUGACCCAGCUGGUAUCACUGCCAGCAUAGCUAUCUGCUUACUGGAGAACUGGAAAACGGCACAAAGCUAAGCAGCAGAAAGAACUAGCAGGAAACAAAAGCAAUAAUUGCAGAGAAAAUAAAAAGGAUGUGGAGGUCAAGGCAGAGGAAACAAAGGCAGAAAGCGGCUGGAUAAAAUUCCCUGGACCUUGUGCCUUAAGGGGCUGGUUGAUUUUAAUGAUCUUUUCUGGCCUCGGUACUGUGAAUUUGUGAAAAGGACAAGUGAGGCAACUCAGACGAGAAAAAAGAUGGUAGCUGCGCUGCUAGGCUUACCAUAGGGUGGGGUCUAUCUGCCAGCCUCAUCACGAGCAUGUUCCCUUUGGAAAAGGCUGAGCGCCUCAGUCUCAGCAGUUGGCGCAUUAAAGAUCCCUGUACUGCGAGGAGAGGGAGUGUUCCAACAAUUACAAAGUGAAAGUUGUUACUUCAAAGCUGCAGUAAUUUGGGAGAGACUUGGAAGCCUUUUUUUCUUUCCCAUAAAACUUUCGAUGUUAUGAAGUUCUGCCAUUUCCAAAAUACAACGAGGUCUUUUACUGUAACGUCUCGCUUGUACGUAGAGCACUUCAUCCCGUAGCUCCCUGACCUUUUUGCAGCAGACGGGCAAGCUGGAGGUUGGUUCGCGCGUCCCUGAACGGCAGCCGGGUCGCGGGGGAAGCACCAGAGCAUGGCAAGGCUGCUCUGGGUUUCGGACCUCCUCUCCUCCAUCGGGCCUCCGCCUCCAUCGCCGGGUCAGCAGAGACCCCUAGUGUAGGCGGCUGGAGGAGCCUCCCUGCCUGCUGCGGGCAGGGACCAGCGCCCGCGGCCGCCCUCCGCACCCGGCCGGGUGGGAGCACCAAGCUGGGAGGCUGCUCGGGGGGGCAAACGGGCAAAGGCAAGUGGUGCCUCGGGUUCCCAGGGCUGUCGACGGGGAGAACAGAAGCUCGAGACUGCCGUAAGCCUUUGAUUUCGCAGAGGGCCGCCGCACGUUGGACGCUACGCGUCUGCGGAGGGAAGACCUCGCGCCGUUAGGGCCGGCUGCUCCUGGCCUUGGUGCUUCUAGGCGUUUCCCGCAUUUAGCAGUACCAGACGUAAAGAUUUCCGCCGUUCCUUGCGUCUCACCUGAGAAGUAGGUUUCUCCCAUUGGCUCAGCUUUGCUUUGGUGCCCCUGUGUCUUGAGGCAGCUCAGGGGAAGGGCUAGGUACUGACUCACAAGUGUUUUUGUAGCAUUAAAGCAAAAGUGCCUUUAUAGUACAGCUUGGCGUUUGGGAUAUAUUUUUUCCAAGGAAAAAAAACAGAACUCCUGAGCCAUUUUGAAAACAUUAGGUUUUCCCUCCCUCUCUCGAGCACCGAAGAGGGAAAAGGUCUCAUUAUGAAAACUGGUAGAAGGGACGAUUGGUAGAAAGGGCAUGAAUUGUAUUUUUCAUUCCUCUCGACAAAUGAAUUGUCAUUUUCCUUCCUCAAUCUAAUCGGAUUUUUAAGUAAUGUUAAAAAGAAAUAAGUUGGAAAGUGGUCCCUGUAGUUCGGAGAACAUUAUCUCAGAAUCAUAAUAAAUAAAUAAAUAAAUAAAAUUAAGUAAGACUUAAGAGAAGCACAUUUUCAACUUUAGAAGUUAUUUCCAGAAAUUCAGCUUCCUUUGUUGUCUUCUUACUAAUCAACGCUCUUGAUUCAAAAGAACAGCAGGAAGUCUAGGAGAAUCCUAUGUCUACGUCGGCAGGAAAAUGGAAGGAAAUUUGGAUCUAAGUGGGCUUUACGCGUUUUCAGGUCAGCGAGCACAGCAAUGCGCUCUGUAUCUCUAAAGAUAGGUAACCGAAAGACUGUAAAGAUGUAGGAAGCCUCAAGUUUUGCAGUUGGUGCGGACCUCCUAUGGAAUUGUAAUUUCAUGCUAUUUCUGACUGGGGCAGUAAACCUCAUUUGCAACAAAAAGUAAACUGUAACAGUUGCAAUUAAAGAAUGGUGUUCAGUGAGCAAUUUGCAGAAGUACUGGCCGCUCAGUAAACUCAUUUGAUUCCUUCCCACCCAUCCUUGCCUAUGAGCUAAUCUCCUGGUCGUCUGCCUCUUCUGACAUUCAAAACCUAGGACCCCGGCACGUUGUCGUAAAUGAAAGCUCCCGAGUUACAUGUUACGGUCCUUUGCCAAUCCUAACCGGAAGAAACUCUAGCCUCUGCUGUAAGUGAAAAUCUGCCCCCAAACACUUCUGUAAUCUGGCUUGCAUUUUAAAGAAAAGGUUCGUUUUCUUAGAGAAACAGGAUAGUGCCUGAAAGCAUCUAAGUGCUGUUACACUCCAUUUCCCUAAAAUGUCAGUGGUGGUUUUUCCCAGCAUCUUGUCACUGUUCAUCCCUGGGUGGGCACACAGUGAAGUGGACCUGCAGAACAUACGGUAAUCAAGAGACAAGCUUUCCAAGGACUGGUAACUGCAUGAAAGCUUUCUGCAUAUGUUCUUAUGCUCUGUGACUUUUUAGCAGAAACAAAUGCAAACUGUCCAGCCUGAAAUUACUGCCUGCUGUAAACGUUAAGAUGAAUGGAAAUUUCUCCAUUC